AUGCGUCUUCGUCAAGGACGUAACGGUGAACCAGCGAACUACGAGUUCUACUACAAAGUAAGCGACUACGAGAGCGGAAGUAACUUUGGCCACGCGGAAAAGCGUCAGGACGAUAAACCAGAAGGGACGUACUUUGUCGUACUUCCUGAUGGAACCAAACAGGUGGUAGAGUACGAGGCUGGUGAAGAUGGAUGCAAGCCAAGGAUGUCGGGUAAUACCAGCAGACACUGCAUCUAG